AUGCCGAACCCUUACCAUGACGUGCUGUCGACGCCGCGAGGGACGAGUCGGAACCGCGAGAGGGAGAGGGACGUGAGUCCGCUACUGAGACCAGACAGAGCACGGGAGCUUAACCCUAGUCUGGAAGCCAGCUUUGAGGCCUUGCGACUGGAUAAGUCGAGGGAGGGUAGCGGAUUGGCUCAUUCGCGCGAGAGCAACGGAAUGUCCAUGGCCGAUCCCGGUUCGAGAGCGGAAUCGCUAAGAAUGGGUCACAACGGCCUCUCCCAGAUGCAUCCUCUCUCCGCAGGCCUCUCCGAUGUAAUGACGGGCAUGCCGUUGAGCAUGGACUUUAGCAUGCUCGAGAGCAUCAGCUCGUUGAACCGCACGACCGGCGGGCACAAGCACAUGACGCCGGGCAAGGCGCACCCCAUGGCGAUGUCGUCGCAACGGCCCAGCAUUCGUGUGUCGCACCUCGACGUCAGCGACGGGUCAAUGAGCAAUCUCGAACGAGCACUCGAAUACGCGAAGAAAAAAGUCGACGACGAGCUUCGCGUGUUCAUCAGCGACAUCGCCAAGCGGCUGAACCUCCCAGGCGCCGCGCCGCCCAGAACGCCUCCCAAGUCGCCUGUCUCUCCCACUAACGCCUACCCGUCAACGUUCACGUCGUUUUUGAUGUCGCCGGAAUCGUCCAGAUGGGAACAAGGGGCGCUCUAUCUUAAAGACCUAGCUGAGAAAUGCCUACGCAUGCACGCAGACGAGUUCGGAUCGGCGUGCGAAGACAUCGUGCACGAUCUGAACAUGGCCCGGCAGCAGCUUCCCAUGGGAACCCUAAAGCAGCUGCACAUGAAAAUGCUCUUCAUUCUCACGCGCUGCACGCGCCUGUUGCAGUCGCAGAAGGAAGCGGAGGCGGAGAUGCCGUACGGGGGAGUGUAUGGGGGGCCGUAUAGGGGCGCGGAGGUGUUAGCCACGCCGAUGGUUCGCAACCGCCCGCCUGGCUUGCCGUCGACGCUGCGAUCGCAAGCGUCGAUGGCGGCGACUCACUUCUCUUCGUUUACUAAAUCGAAGCCGUUGGAGCGUCCCGCGGAGCUCCCCGCGGAGCACUCCGCGAAGCACUCCGCGGAGCACUCCGCGGAGCAGCCGGCGGAGAAGACGCGGCUGCAGCGGCAGCAGCAGCAGCCGCAGCAGCCGCCGCAGCGGUCGAUCAUCCGGUGGGACUCGUGCCCCGCGCCGGCAGACUGGCGGGUGCGCGACCCCAAGGCGGAACAGAAGGGGGGCGCGGGGUUGGGGUUGGGCGCGCGGAAGGAUGAGGGGAAGCAGCGGAGCAAGAGCAAGUCGAAUAUGAUGGACGACUGGAGUGCCGCGGUAGCGGAGAUGAGAGGGGCUCUAGACGACGGUACCUACGUGCCCGGCGGGGAUUUUAACCAAGAGGAUAGCGCUGGCGCGAGUGCGAGUGCGAGCGCGAGUACUGGGUUCGGAACAGGUUUUGGGUCCGGGCUUGGUGCAGGGUCGAGUGCUGAUGGAGGUUCGGGAUUAGCGCACGCGGCGGGACCGCCCGCUCCGCCAGCUGACGCGGAGGUGCACGGGUCCACGAGCGCACGGGGGCUGCUGUGGGGGCGGGUGGCGGAGAUCCGCAAGGAGGAGGAGAUUCAGCGCGCCUUCCGCAGCCAGUCCGCGCGGGACAAGUCCUCCGCCUCCAGGUCGGGCGACUCUGCCACGUCGCUGGCGCCGGCAGAAGAGGCGGUAGCACCAGCGGGAACAGCGGUUCGGGAGAUGGGCCCAGCGGCAGACGCAGAGGUGGCGGCGGCGCUAGGUGUGGCGUUAGGCGCUGCGGGAGGAGCGGAGCCUGGGAUUGCAGCCGCCCUUUCCGCGGGAGCUGGCGCUGGGGCAACAGGGACCGGCGGAGCUUGGGGUGAGACGGGGGACACAAGCAUGGCGGGCGGGAGCAUGGCGGCUGCGCAGGAGGGGAUUAAGGGGAGUGAGGGAGUUGAGGGGAGGAAGGGAGGGGCGCGGCAGGGGCAGGGGGACGUGCGGCGGGAGGGGGAGUCGGAGAAGGCGCACAGACGAGGCGAGGGGCGCAGCAGCAGAGCGUGGGACGUGCGGAUUCCAAGCGGGGAGGACGAGCGGAUGGAGAGCCGGAGGCAUGGAGGGGCUAGAGAGCCGCCUUCCCCCUCGGGUAACCUUGCAGAGGACUUUGACGAUCUGCAUGAGAAAGCGAUGAUGAGAUCCGUGUCCGGGCGAAGAGUGCAGUAUAAGUAUGGGUACUGGGGCAAGGGAGAGAACGAGGAGGAGGAGGGCAUGGAUGGGAUGGUGCCAAACGAGGGCGAGCAGGAGUGUGUGGUGAUCUGUCGGAUUUGUGAAGAGGAGGUGAAUGUUACGCAGUUACAGGAGCACUCGCGGCUGUGCGCGCUCGCGAAUCGGUGCGACUCGGCGCAGUUUUCGAUUGACGAUCGGCUGAGGCGGCUAGCGGACGGCCUGGAUCACAUCUCCAACGAGCAGGUGUCGCGGCUGGGCGCCAUGUCGUUCCAACGAGUGCCGUCCAACUCGUCAUCUGCUGCUGGCGGGCCGGCGUCGUCUGGAGUACCUGCAGGGCUGGAUUCGCAUUCCCAGCAGGUGGGUUUGAUGGGGGUAGGGGGAGGUGCAGGGGCGAAGCAGGGCGGUGGCAGGUUUUUGUCUCCCUUGGGCAGCAGUAUGGUGUCUCAUGCAGACAUGCGCGAAGGGGACGAAGGCGGCGCAGCCGAGGGAAAAGGAGACGGAGGAGGGGAGGGGGCGGAUGGGUAUGAAGGAGAGGAGCAGCAGAUGCGCGAGCAAGACGCAGUGGAGCAGUGUAGCAGAGAAAACGGGUCGUUGCACCCGGGCGUUCCGAUAAGCCCCACAGAAGAUCACCCAGAGCAUCAACAUCACCCAGAACACCCAGAGCAUCAAGGCGCAGGGGGCAGCAGCAGCAACAACGUGUCUAACUGGUCGUACGUGAGCCACCACCUGCAGCAGCAGCAGCAGCAGCAGCAGCACAAGCUGCAGCAGCAGCAGCAGCAGCUGCAGGCAGCGGGCGAGGAGGGCUCCCAGUACGAGCCGUCCAUGAGCGCCGUGACGAGCAUGAGCGGCGCUACUUCCACCAGCGGGUUCCUAUCCGCGGGGACCGCGUCCCCCAUGCCCACGUCGCCGGCAGGGUCGGUGGGCACGAGAGGGGACGGCCAUGGGGGGUAUGGGAGCCCCGGGUCGUCGCUGCUGAAGAGUGCUCUGGCGGGAGGCGGGAGGGAGCUGAUGGAGGAGCACAUCCACAUGGUGGCUCAAGAGGAGAUCGCUCUGAUGGACGAUCUGGCGCACAUAGCCCAGGACGUGGCAGAUGUGUCACUGGAGGACGAGAAGCCCGAGGAGCUGCUGACGGGCAUGGACGAUUUGGCGGACAUAGCACAGGACGUGGCGGACGUGUCACUGGAGGACGAGAAGCCCGAGGAGCUGCUGCUGACAGACAUGCGGGACCUCACGGACCUGCUUCGCACCAACAAUGCGCGCUUCCUCACCAUUGAUGCUCAGUUCAUCGUUGCUCGAUUUCUGUUUCCGCCUCUUCUCUGCACGCGCGCCCCUCUCCUCACUCCCCUCUCUUCUUUGCACGCCCCUCUCCUCACUCCCCUCUCUUCUCUGCACGCCCCUCUCCUCACUCCCCUCUCUUCUCUGCACGCCCCUCUCCUCACUCCCCUCUCUUCUCUGCACGCCCCUCUCCUCACUCCCCUCUCUUCUCUGCACGCCCCUCUCCUCACUCCCCUCUCUUCUCUGCACGCCCCUCUCCUCACUCCCCUCUCUUCUCUGCACGCCCCUCUCCUCACUCCCCUCCUUUUUCUGCUCGCCCCUCUCCUCACUCCCGUCUCUUCUCUGCCCCCCCGUCGCCUCACACCUGUCACGUCACUCCCGUUUCCCCAUGUCGCGUCGCUACUCCCCUGUGGGAUGGGCAGGGAGAAGUACUACCGCCUGAGAGACAUUCUGGACCACCAGAUGGGCGCGGCAGCGAGUCCGCUCAAUAAUCCUCUUCUCCCUCCGUUGGAGAAGUACUACCGCCUAAGGGACAUCCUGGACCACCAGAUGUGCGCGGCAGCAAACAGUGCUCUGCAGGGCUAUGGGGGGGCGGAUGGGGGCGAUGCAAUGCAGUAUGCGGACGAGGACGGGGAGGACGUCUUGAACCUCUCCCGCAGCGCCCGCAGCACCCCGCCCAACGCCUCUAUGGGCGGCGGCAGCAGCAUCGGUGGCGGUGGCAUUGGUGGUUUUGCCGGUGGUGCUGGUGGCCCUGGUGGUGGUGGUGGCGGCGGCGGUGGUGGUGUGGCUGCGUCGUCGUCGUCGGCUUCGGCGGCGGGGCGGGAUCGCACGACGAUAGACGACUUUGAGCUGAUCAAGCCCAUCAGCAAGGGCGCGUAUGGGCGUGUGUUCCUGGCCAAGAAGAAGACCACGGGGGACCUCUUUGCCAUCAAGGUGCUGCGCAAGGCGGACAUGGUGCGCAAGAACGCGGUGGAGAGUGUGCAGGCAGAGUCAAAAGCGUCUUUCCGAGGUGUUGCGCAAGGCAAACAUGGUGCGCAAGAACGUGGUGGAGAGUGUGCAGGCAGAGUGCUGCGCAAGGCGGACAUGGUGCGCAAGAACGCGGUGGAGAGUGUGCAGGCGGAGAGAAACAUCCUCGCUUCCGUGCGCAGCCCCUUCGUGGUGCGGUGCUUCUACUCGUUCACGUGUCGGGAGAACCUCUAUCUGGUGAUGGAGUAUCUCAACGGGGGCGACCUCUUCUCGCUGCUGCAGAACCUCGGCUGCCUCGAGGAGCCCAUGGCCCGCGCCUACAUUGCUGAACUCGUGUUGGCGUUGGAGCAUCUGCAUGCGAGUGGCAUCAUCCACCGUGACCUCAAGCCUGACAACCUCCUCAUUGCAUACGAUGGCCACAUCAAGUUAACGGACUUUGGGCUUUCUCAGAUGGGUCUAUUCAACAGCACCGGUGACUUUGCCAUCGGCCCUCUCACCACCACAGGACCCUCUGAGCCCCCCUCACCCAACGUCACCGCCGCCGCCGCCGCCGCUGCAGCCUCUGCUUCCGCCUCCGCUGCUGCCGCUGCAGCUGCCCUCUCCGCCUCCUCCCACCCCCCAGCCGCCCUCGGCUUCCCCAAAUCCGGGUCGAUAGAUUCCGGCGCGUCUGUCUCGGCGUCUAUCCCCACAUCGCCUCUCUGGGCGGCGGACCGGGCGGCAGACUUCCCGCCCGCGCCGUCCGGUGCAUCGUCCCGCCCGUCGUCCUCUUCCGGCCGCACGUCGCCGUUUUCGGGGGUUCCGGGCGGCGUGGGGAUGGUGGGCGGCGGAGGGGGAGGGGGAGGUGCGGGAGGGAUGGGGGGCGGAUCGGCGUCGCCAGCGUGGAAGGCUGAGGUGGAGUCGUUGCAGGGUGCCGGGCGGAGUGCGUCGGCGGAUGUGGAGAAGAAGAAGGAGCAGACGGUGGGCACUCCGGACUAUCUCGCUCCGGAGAUUCUGCUUGGCACGGGCCAUGGCGCCACAGCGGAUUGGUGGGCGGUGGGAGUGAUGCUCUUUGAGCUGCUCUGCGGUGUUCCCCCCUUCAAUGCUCCCUCCCCUGAGAUCAUAUUUGACAACAUUCUGAACCGGGACAUUCCAUGGCCGGAGGUGCCUGAGGAGAUGUCCUACGAGGCCAUGGACCUCAUUGACAAGCUGCUGCAUCCGGAGCCGUCACUGCGGCUGGGAGCGAGGGGAGCAGAGGAGGUGAAGGCGCACCCCUUUUUUGACGGCAUCCGCUGGGAGACGCUCGCGCAGGAGCAGGCGGUGUUUGUGCCGAGUCCCGACAAUCCGCACGACACGGGCUACUUUUUGACGCGCGGGUGGCAGCAGGAGCCGGGCGGCAUGGACGGGGGGAACAUGGCGAUGGGCAUGGGCGAGAGCGAGAGCGCCAGCAGCGACGCCUGCAGCAGCACAUCUGCAGACGACUUUUACCAGGGCGAGCAGGGGGACGAGCCCGGGGACAUGAGGAACUUCUCAGACAAUGUCGCUGCUGCCUUCACCAACUUCUCCUUCAAGAACCUCUCCCAACUGGCUGAGAUCAACUAUGAGUUCCUGGGCCGGCAAAAGAGCCCUCCCAGCCAUCUCAAAACCAUGAAGCGGCGCGGGGCUGGUCUCAUCCUCGAUCUCCCCGACGAGGUGCUGACGUCUAUCAUUCUCGAAUCGCUGCUUCGGCGAUGCUCGGCUCUCGAGGAUAUCUCCGUGAUCAACGAUCGAGGGAAAUCGACGGUUGGCGAUGAGCUGCUGCUGGCCGUCGGAUCGAGAUGCUCGCAGCUGGAGCGGCUGAGCCUCGUGGGAUGCGAGGGGGUGACGGAUAAUGGAUGGAGGACGUUCAGUGCACAGUGCCGCGCGCUCAAGGCGCUCGAGCUCCGCCUUGUUUCCGCCAAAGCAGUCUGCCCGCCCCUCUCUGCCUUCCCCUCGCUGCUCUCCCUCACACUUUACCGCCUAGACGGCCUCCCAGUGCAAAUCUCCUCCCUCUCGCACUGCUCCUUCCUCACCUCCCUCUCCCUCUGGCACCUUACCGACCCGCUUCUCUCCUCCCUCUCCUCCUCCUCCCCCUCUCUCCCCGCCCUCCAAUCCUUCACCCUCACAUCAGCAUCAGUCACAACUUCCCUGGGAUCCCUCGGUGCUUUCCCUCUCCUCUCUUCACUCGCUCUCUGCCAAUGCUCGCAAAUUGGUCCCCCUGAAAUGCACUCUCUCUCGUGCUCCCUCCACACACUCACCCACCUGACCAUCCAAGACUGCCACAUGAUUCCCUCCUCUGCGGUGGCCGCUUUAACCGCUGCUAAUUCAUCUAUUGUGUCUCUCUCCCUCCGGGGCAACAGGCGUCUCUUCAGCCAUGUGGGGAUUGAGGCGGCACUUAAAUCCAUCGCCGGCGCUUUAGAAUCGCUGACGCUUAGUGGCAUGCCGAUGCUGAUUCCGGACGCUCUUGCUGGGUGCACGCGAUUGAAGUCACUAGGGUUGGAGUAUGGAAAGGGGUCCGUGUGGGAUAUUGCAGGCAUGCUGGGUGUAGGGAGCAUUGAGCCGCCUCGAGGAUCGUUGUUUGCUGUUGCUGGCAUUGUGAUUGAUUGGCUGGGUGACGUGCAGCAUGAAAGAGGAGGGAGGGGAGGAGGUGGUGGAGUGGGAGAAGGUGGGGAAGGAGGUGCAGGAAUAGGACGAGGAGAGGGACUAGAUGCAACUCUAGGCUUGAGCACGACUGCACCAGUGGACGCACCUGCUCCACCUUCAUACGUGGAGGCAAAAGUUGUGCCUUUGGAGUCCCUCUCUCUCCACUGCUUUGAGUUUCGCUCGGAUGUUUUUCUCUCCGUGGUUUCGACUUCCCCCUUCCCUCCACCUCCCUCACGCCACCCGUGUUUCCGUGCGUUUACGGAGCUGAGACGACUGUCCCUGCACGCUUGUUCGGGGCUUGAAGGAAGGGAUUUCCAUGAGAUUUUCCAGUCCUGUCCUCGUUUAGAGCAUCUCCUUGUGGACUACAAUGACGCGUUCUCCGACCGGGUGAUUUCGGAGUGUAGACUGGAAAGGCUCACACGUUUCAGUGUUGUAGCAUGUCCCAAGGUGACAGCAGAGAGUAUCGGGGGUAUUCUAGGGAGUUUCCCGAAGCUACGGUGGUUGAAGGUGGAGAAGGUGAAAGUCACAGAGAGAGCUAGAAGGGUGUUCCUGAGGGCUGGCAUGAUUAUACGAGUCGCGCUCAAGGCGCUGGACCUCCGCCUGGUCUCCGCCAAAGCAGUCUGCCCGCCCCUCUCCGCCUUCCCCUCGCUGCUUUCCCUCACGUUCUACCGCAUAGACGGCCUUCCAGUGCAAAUCUCCUCCCUCUCGCUCUGCUCCUCCCUCACCUCCCUCUCCCUCUGGCACCUCACAGACCAGCUCCUAUCCUCCCUCUCCCCCUCCUCCCCCUCUCUCUCCUCCCUCCAAUCUCGUACCCUCAAAUCAGCAUCAGUCAAAACCUCCCUGGGAUCCCUCGGUGCUUUCCCCCUUCUCUCCUCUCUCGCUCUCUGCACAUGCUCGCAAAUUGGUCCCCCUGAAAUGCACCCUCUCUCGCGCUCUCUCCACACACUCACUCACCUCACCAUACAAGACUGCCUCAUGAUUUCCUCCUCUGCACUGGCCGCUCUAACCGCUGCUAAUCCAUCUCUCGCGUCUCUUUCCCUCCAGGGCAGCUGGCGUCUCUUCAUGCCUGGAGUGAUUGAAGCGGCGCUUAAAUCCGCCGCCGGCGCUUUAGAAUCGCUGACGCUUAGCGGCGUGCCGAUGCUGAGCCAGGGCAUGCUUGAGGGGUGCACGCGAUUGAAGGCGCUGAGGUUGGAAUAUGGAAAAGGGUCCGUGCUUGAUGUUGCUGGUACGCUGCAAUUGAGCCGGCUGUCCCUGCACACUUGCACGGGGCUAAAAGAAAGUGAUUUCUAUGCGGUUUUGCAGCCCUGUCCUCGUGUAGAGCAUCUCCUUGUGGACUAUAACGACGCGUUCUCCGACCGGGUGAUUUCGGAGAGUAGACUGGAAAGCCUCACGCGUUUCACUGGGGUAGCAUGCCCCAAGGUGACUGUGGAGAGUAUUGGGGGGUCGGAGUUUGGUGGUCAGGUUCUUUCAAGCAGAGGCUGCGUUAUGCCAGAGUCUGUGGGGGCGCUCAUGGCCCCUCCAGGGGGUGUGCGGGAGAGAGCUGAGAAGUCAGCAGCAGCGGCAGCAGCGUAUGCUGAGUUGACAUCUGGCGGGUUGGAGCGGGCAUCUGGGCGCACCAAGCCUUGCAGGUUGUGUGAGGAAUUGGCCUGGGGGGAGUGGAGGGAGAGGAUGGGAAAGGAAAUGGGGGAAAGUGAGGGGGAGAUGGAUUGGCAGGAAGAAGUGGGAAUCGAACAAGGAUAG